AUGGCUACCCGCCCAAUUCUCAGGACCGUCCAUGUCGGUACCCACAUGCUGAAGAAUCGCGUUGGGAUGCCUGCCUUGACGAGGAACCGCGCUCCGAGCACCUACCCCACCGACUUGAUGAAAGAGUACUAUGUCCAGCGUGCGAAUGCUGGGCUCAUUGUGUCGGAGGCCAUAUUAAUUACGCGUCAAGGAACGGAAUGGCCCAAUGCACCCGGCAUUUGGGACGAAAAGCACAUCGCUGGGUGGAAGGACAUCGUCACUGGGGUCCAUGAAGCUGGGGGUAAAAUUUUUGCCCAGCUCUGGCAUGUUGGCCGCGCAGCUCAUCCAGAUGCACCGGAGCAGAAACUUGCUGGCGUGCCUGUAUAUGCGCCGACCGCCAUUGCUGCACGUGGUGGAAGCUCCCUGGAGAGCCGGGAUACGUUACAGUAUGCCUUAAUAUCAUCUUCCUCGAUGGGAUACAAGCAGGCGGCUCUUAAUGCAAAGCAGGCCGGCUUCGAUGGAGUUGAGCUCCACGGCGCCGGCGGGUACUUAGUUAACCAAUUCCUCGAUAGCAGCUCCAACAAGCGUACCGACCAAUGGGGAGGCAACAUCGAAAACCGUUGUCGCUUUGGCCUGGAGGCCCUCAAGGUGCUUAUUGAGGUCUUCGGGCGUGAUGUCGGUGUCAAACUCGUCCCAACUGGUGGCUACAACGACGUCGGGAUGCCACUCGAAGAGACUCUGGAGACGUACUCGUACUUCAUCUCCGAGGCCGAUAAACUAAACCUUGCAUAUAUCUGCCUGAUGCGCUAUGGACCCAAGAUGCAAUUCGAGUAUGAAGGUGUCCCUCGUGCAACAAAGCACGAUGUCGUCGCCUCCUACCGGCAUCUCAUCAAGAAUGCGAAGGCGUUCGUCAAUGUCGACGUUACUCCGGAAGAGGGAGACCAGCUCAUUUCCGAAGGCAAGGCCGAUGCUAUUUUCGUCGGCUUCAACUGGAUCCCGCACCCUGACCUUGUAAAGCGCAUUGAACAUGGAAAGCCUUUUGACAAUACACCUGACUUAGAUCUUUUGUAUGCAGGCCGAGGCGAGGACUGGAGCAAAGGCUACACCGACUACCCUCCGGCCUCUUACUGA